AUGGCACCCGAGAUCGUGGACUUGAUUUCAGAUGACGAGGACGAGAUCGUCCCCCUUCCCGGCCCCAGCGGCAACACACAUCCGGAAGCAGGAAGGCCGGUCGCCACGAACGGAACGAUCAACCCGGCACUCAUCGCGCGCACCAGACCGGCCGUUCAGAUCAGUCGAGCCUCCCAGGCAGGCACUCCAAGCUCCACACCCAGCAGCCACACGGUGCAGAAUAGCCCAGCCAACGACGAGGCCCUCAAGUCUCCGUCAUCACCGUUGUUUGUCCCGUCAUGUAGCCCUGAUCCUGAGGUUAAUGGGGACGAUAUCGACAAUGGCAAUGGUACACGCCGAACCAGAGGAAAAGACAUAGGCAAAGGCAAAGGUCGAGCAGCCUCCAUCCCAGAGAUCGAUCUAUCACAAGAUACCAACGACGAGACUAAUACCAAUCCCCCAUCCGCGUCCCCACCCGCGGUCGACAGAUCAUGGGACUAUGCAAACGGGGCAUUCACCGAGGAAGACGCCUUGAAACAGGCCAUCGCGCUGUCAUUGCAGGAGCAGAGCCCAGAUCACGAUGACAAUGACGAUGACGAUCAAGACCAAGGUCAAGCUCAACCAAGUGGAGGAAACCCAGUAGCAGCGGCAGCAGUGCCUCUCCCGAAUUGGCGGUCGUCCUCCCCCGUGAAGUACCCCGUCGAAAUGGCCACCUCAACCACAGCCGCGACCGGGACUGCGCCAUCAUCAUCGUUGUUGUCAGCUAAGAUUCGGCCCUUCCCCUCCACAGCUGUGCCCACCUCAAGCAACAAAGCGGCUCCCUUGUCAGGCGUGCCAGACCCUGCCUCGAACUUGACGGAUGGGCGUGGCGCCAAGGAGAACGCAACCCCAUCACCCAGCACGUUUAGCCUCGCGCGCCUGGACCGGAGGACGAUGGAAGCAGAGCGCCUGGCACGACUGAAGCGGAAGCACGGGCACGGAGAAACUCAGGAGGAGCAGAAAGGCGAGGAGGGUGCGCAUCCGAAAUUUGCAAAGACAACCCGGCUGCGGCAGAGAACUAUCUCACCACCACCCAUCAAGAUCAAGCAAGCAGCGAAAGACCAAGACAAAAACAAGGACAAGGACAUUGACAACGGCAAGGACGGAAGCGUUGGAAUUGCAAAACCGAGUAAUAACGGAGGUGGGUGUCCCAAUGCUCUUUCCCGAGACGCGGUCUCUCUUGACGACGACGAUGACCCGGAGGAUACCCUCCGCACAACAACAUUCUACCCCGACGGCGUCGCUCUCAAGACGUACAUCCCCGGCUACCCUGCUACACGGACGAUCUCUUUCGCAUCACUAAUCGCGCCGUCCUCGCACCUCGAAUCCGCCCUCUUGUCCUCCUUCAACUGGAACUUCGAGUGGCUCUUCCCGCACUUUGAAACACGACGGACAAAAUUCCAGCUCGUCGUGCACGCGAAAUCGCAGGCCCAGCGCGAAACGAUCAUGCGGGACUGGCAGGGCGUGCCCAAUGUGAGAUUGACGUUCCCGCCGAUGGACGGCAAUGUCAACUGCAUGCACAGUAAGCUGAUGUUGUUGUUCUACGCGAACGAGAACGAGCCGGACUUCCCACACGGCCUGCGGUGCAGGAUCGUCGUCCCGACCGCGAAUCUCGUCGACUUUGACUGGGGGGUGGGCUCGUUUAUGGAGAAUACGGUCUGGCUGAUUGACUUGCCUCUCAAGGGGCCGUCGAUUACGACCACAACCACCGCAGGACGCGCGGAACCGCCGUUCCAAAAGUCGCUGAAGCAGUUUCUCAAGGCUCAGACGGUGCCGGGCGACGUGUUGCGCAAGCUCGAUCAAUUCGAUUUCGGCAAGACGGCAAAAUACGGCUUUGUCCACUCCAUCGGCGGCAAGCACACCGGUCAAGCGUGGAGAACGACGGGAAUUGGUGGUCUGGGCCGCACGAUCACCGAACUCGGGCUCGCCACCAGAGAUCCAAUACAGGUGGACUAUGUGACCUCGUCGGUGGGCAGCUUGAAUGACGAGUUCAUGGAGUCCAUGUAUCUCGCUGCACAGGGGGACAGCGGGUUGACCGAGUAUAAUAGACGAAUCAACAAAAAGCCAUCCUUUGGCAGUCCACCGAGCAGUUGGAAGCACAACUUCCGGUUCUACUUUCCCAGCGACGAUACCGUCAGAGCAUCGAAAGCCGGUCCACAUAGGGCAAACACGAUCUGCUUCUCGAGGGGAUGGUGGCAGAAACCGGACUUUCCAAGGUCCAAUAUGCGUGACUGCUUUAGUGUCCGCGACCGGCUACUGAUGCACAACAAGCUAUUAUUUGCCAGGUUAGCCUCACUGGUCGACAAGUCCGAGUCAGAAAAGGCAGGGUGGGUAUAUGUUGGUAGCGCAAAUCUCUCUGAGAGUGCCUGGUAG